AUGCGUUGUUGCGUGUCCAAGUGGACGCAGUCGUUGCUAAGCACGCUGUUCCAAGAGUGGUGGCGGGUCAUGCGGCGCAAAGUUCUGAAGAACAGCUGCACCUACGAUCGAUGCUUCGACGCCUGGAUAGACUUCACGAUGUUCACAUUGGCUGAGAGCGAUAGCGAGCGCAGCAUCGCAAACACUGAUCGUCCUGAAGUUCUCGUCACUCGUGCCGCCGCUGGAGCUGCCGACCUCGACCCGCGCUGCUUCGACGCGCGUUCGCUGGAGAUGAGACGCCUCCCCAAGGGCGAUGAUGUGGUCAGCGACGCGUUGAGCGGCGAGCUUGAGCCAUAUGUGAUGCCCGCUCUAGCCAGAUCUUCUGCCUCUGCUUCACCUCCCCCGCUGUCCUCCUUUUGGCGUCCCUCGCUCCCCCCGCUUCCGCCCAUCCCGCCUUUUCCUCUACUUUUCCCGAACAGCGAAGAUACGUCAUCCUUUGCGCGCACUCCUCGGACUCUAGCCGCAGCGAGUAGCGUUGAACAUUACAGCCAGAUGACGUAG